AUGACACGUAUCCAUGGCGGUGCAUUCCUCAGCCUGGGCCAGGGGUCGUUGAUGGGCCAGUGUCGCGUGGCAUUGGAGCGGAUUGCCUCUGUGCGCGGCAUCACGCGUGAUGUGUUGCUGGAGCAGUUCUCGUACUUUCAAGCCAUACGCAUUGAAGGAACUCACCUGCACUCGGCGCGUUUGCUCAAGCCAGCGCUUAUUUGGGCGCAGUGCGACGACGAGGAGUUGGCUGUUCUGGCGAAUAUGCUCGUCGAGGUCCACGGCAACCCAGCUGGCGCUGUCGGCGGAGAGCGCAAUCACAAGACGAACAAUCGCGUUCGGAGCAAGCAGCGCGUUCGCCUCUGCAGUGGCAAGUGCGAACGCCAGGUAGCUAUCGCGUUCAAUUCGGCGCAGCUGGAGCGGGCGUUGCGAAAGAGGUGCAAUGACCCGUACUUAAUGCAGCUGGCCGCCACCGGGUCGACGAUGGCCAACGAUUGA